AUGGCCUCGGAGAGCAAACAGACCUACGAUUAUAUCGUGUGCGGCGGUGGUACCUCUGGAUGCGUGGUCGCCGCCCGACUCGCUGAGAACCCUGAGAUCAAGGUUCUGCUUCUGGAAGCUGGACAGCAUAAUAAGGACUUGGAGAAUGUGCAUAUGGCUGGAGGAUGGUCGAACAACUUCGAUGCCGAGACAGAUUGGAAUUUCGUUACCCCACCUAUGGCAGGCGUCGACAAUCGCCAGGUCAAAUUGAGUCGAGGCCGGUUCCUCGGCGGUUGCAGUGGUUGCAAUGGCACUCUAUGCAUCCGUGGCUGCAAACAAGAUUAUGAUGAUUGGGGUCUGGAUGGGUGGAGUGGAGACGAGUUUUUCAAGUACAUGAAGAAGGCCGAAACCUUCCAUCCCAAGUCCUGGCAUGAAGCUGAUAAGGAGAGCCAUGGAUACUCUGGGCCGCUGCACACGGAGCCUCACGACCUGGCGCCAAUCUCAAACCUGCUACUCGAAUCUUUUGUUUCGGAAGGCAUGCCACUAAAUCACGACAUGUUCAGCACUGGCGAUGUGCCACACGGUUGCGGCCAUGUGCCUCGCACAGUUUACAAUGGAAUUCGAACAACCGGCGCUGAUUUCGUGACCAACAAGAACAGCCGUGGAAAUAUUACAAUUCAAACCGACACCACGGUUGAUAAAGUGAUCUUCACUGAGCAGGGCGGGCAACUUCGUGCAUCUGGUGUUUCUACAAAGACCGCCGAUGGUAAAUCAAAGAUCUACCAUGCGCGAAAGGAAAUCAUCAUUUCGGGAGGCGCAUACUGCAGUCCUGCAAUCCUUCUCCGUUCGGGUAUCGGACCAAAGGAAGAGUUGGCCAAACAUGAUAUCCCAUGUACAGUGGACGCUCCUGGAGUUGGAACAAACCUCAUGGAUCAUUUGAUCGUCUUCAUGUUCUACGAAACCGAAAACGCCGGACUAACAACCGACCACCAUGUAUACCACGAUGACAACUUCAACAAAACAUACGCAGAAUGGAAAGAGAAAAAGAGCGGCUUCCUCUCAACCUUCCCCUUCGGCGCCUUCGCCUUCGCCAGACUAGACGAUCGCCUAAAAGACGAACCGCUCUGGAAAAAGGCACCUCGUCAAAUCGGCAGAGACCCAAUGGGCCUAACCCCCAAACAACCCAACAUUGAAUUCUUCACCACGGAAUGCUACGGUGGACCGAAGCAGUACGAUCAAUUCCCCAUUGAGCAUAAGCACGCUUUCUCGAUGAUUGCGGAACUCUUUGCGCCUAAAUCUCGAGGCUCGGUUACGUUGAAGUCGGCGGAUCCGAUGGAGAAUCCCAUCGUUGAUUGCAAUUAUCUUGCUGAUCCGCUGGAUGUGCUGGUUCUCAGUGAGGCAUGUCGAUUUGGUAAUGAGAUCGUUAUGAAGGGAGCUGGUACCAAGGAUAUUGUUAAGGGAUCGUGGCCUCCCAAUUUGUCUCAUCAUACUUACAAGACGAGAGAGGAAUGGGUUCCGUAUGUCAAGGAGCAUGCUACUACAUGCUAUCAUGCCGCAGGAACAUGUGCUAUGGGCAAGGAAGAUGACCCCAUGGCUGUAUUGGAUGAGAAAUUGCAGGUUCGUGGUGUUGUUGGCUUGCGUGUGGCCGAUUGCAGUGUUAUGCCAGCGCUACAUGGAGGUCACACCCAGAUGCCGGCGUAUGGCAUUGGCGAGAAAUGUGCCGAUUUGAUUAAAGAGACAUGGUGA